AUGGCCUCGAACCCGGCAUUUCGACAGUCUGUCCGGCAGCCACAGUCCGUCAAGAGUGAUUUCGAGAACGAGGAACUCCGCGUCCAGGUGAAUGCUCUGCGCUAUGAGCUGGACAAUCUCAAACAAGAGCGCGAUCUUACCGAAUUGCGCCAUGAGAAAGAGCUGCGCGACCUACAGCUCCGAGCAGAUUCCGACUUUAGGAAAGCCCAGAGCGCGGAAGCCGCAAGCAAUCGAGCAACCCAGAAGAGCGAAACUUUGGCGAAAGAGCUAAAACAAGUCCAAGAGUCAACACUCAGCGACAAGGCGGGCUUGGAGCGACGGAUCCGCACGCUACAAGACGAGAAACAAUCGCUUCAAGAAGAUAUCACUGAAGAACAGGCACAGCGAUCAGACCAGGAGAGACAGUUUAAGCGGCAAAUCAACGAACUCGAGACUUUGCGCGUCACAUUAGCCCAAACACUGGAAAAUAUGCAGAAGGAUUUGCAAGAUGUACAAAAUAAUGCGCAUUCUACAACCACACAAUUGUCGCAACUCGAAAGUCAGGUUGCGACUCUAGAAGCUGAAAAUCUGCGCUUGAGAACCGAGGGCAGCGGAGCUGAAGAGCUGGCCGUACUGAAAAGAGAACUUUCCGAGCAAGUCUCGCACAUCAGGAACCUGGAAUCUACGAAUCGUGAGCAAUUGACAGAGUUGCGUCAUCUACGCAAAGUGCAGAGAAAUGUUGAGGUCGUUGAGGAACAGAAGAAAUCCCUUGAAAACCAGCUACAACUGAUGGCGAAUUUGGAGACGGAACUUGGAAACGUGCAGAUUCAAAAACGAGUCCUGGAAGAUGAGCGCAGAUCAUGGACCAGCAUGCUCGAAUCGAAUAGUGAUUUCUCCGGUUUCGACUCCCCAGAAGCAGUAGUAAAAGCGCUUGUGGAGGAACGGAUCGGAAAACUCACUCUAAUCGAUAAGCUGGGCAGCCUGGAGCCACAACUUCUGGAAAAGGAUGAAAUUAUCCAGAGCCUCGAAAGCGAGAAGCGCCAACUCAGACAGGAAAUUGAGAAGCUUCGUACCACUGCAUCUGCUCCCGGUGGAGCUUUGGAUACUCGUGCUAAACUCCGGCUGGAGCGUCAGCGUGCACUAGCCGUGAAAGAAGUGGAAUACCUACGUGCACAGCUGAAGACAUUUGAUACGGAGGAACUAACUAUGCAUGAAGAAGGGAGUCAUUACGACGAGCACAAAACCCAGCAAAUCGAACAAUUGGAGAAACUUGUUGAUGAAUAUCGCGUUGAAUUGCACAAAGUACAUGAAGAAUUAUCAGCUCUCGAAAAGUCAUCUUCGCAGGACGAAGACGCAACUACUGCUACCACAGCAGCAUCUCGAGGAGUCAAAAGACCUCUAUCACCGGCAGAUAGCGAUGCGGAAUCCGAGCGAAUCUCGAUCCUCUCCCGCAAGAACCGUUCACUUCAAGAAUCACUCUCAAAAUCCGAACAAGCCGCCAAAGUCCUCCGUCACGAACUGGACGCGACCAAAUCCCACCUAUCCACUCUCCAAGAACAAUCACGCACCCGAAUCCUCGAGCUACGAGCCAACCCAACCUCCGAAGCCGAGAACCUCAAAAUGACAACCCUGCGCGCCUUACAGGCAGAAAACCGCGAUCUACUAGCCCAACUGCGCAGCGACCACGCCAAAGUACGCGUCAUCCCCGUCAGCACGCUAGACAGCCUAAAACUCGAAAUGCAAGACCUGGAACGCACCGUUGCCGAAAAGGAGAAACGCAUGCGCCGCCUCAAGGAAAUCUGGACUGCUAAAUCCUCCGAGUUCCGUGAAGCCGUUGCCUCGGUGCUAGGCUACAAGCUAGAUUUCUUACCCAACGGUCGCGUGCGAGUUACUUCCAUGUUCCACUUAUCGCCCGCAUAUCGACACGGUUCAUCGUCUUCGGGCUCGGGCUCAGGAGCACCGGCAGUAGCACCAGCUGGAUCUGGAAGUAUGGGCAACGGAGAAGAGAAUUCGAUUAUAUUUGAUGGCGAAAACGGGACGAUGAAGAUCUCCGGAGGUCCCAAUAGUUUGUUUGCGCUUGAAAUUAAGCAUCUAAUCAAGUUUUGGGUGGAGGAGAGGAAGGAUAUCCCCUGUUUUUUGGCGGCGAUGACACUUGAGUUUUAUGAUAAGACUACGAGAGCGGCGAGAGUCUGA